AUGAAGGAAGGGGAGAAGUAUCUCAACAUGGCGCACCACCAGCAGCAGCAACACCAGCAGCAGUACGACUCGGGCCUCGAGGUCGCCCACCCGGGCCCCUGGAGCCGUGAGGACUUCGCUCUCGCUGAGGUCGCGCCCUACGUCCACGUCGACGCCAAGACCGUCUCGACACCUCAGGUCGCCGACGACCCACUCUCGUGGCGCAACUACUACCACAAGCAGAACCCGGGCCUCGAGGUCGCGCCCUCGUCGUCCGUCUCCACCACGACCGCGGCAGCGUACGGCCAGCACCAUCCGCCGGGCUAUCACCACCCGCCGCCGACGUCGCCGGAGCCCAAGGCGAUGGGCGCCGACGGCCGACGGAAGCUGUGCGGCGUGCGCCGGAGGCUCUGCUACGUCAUCAUGGGCGUCGCGAUAGUCUUCGCCGUCGCGGCCAUCGCCGUCGGCGUCGGCGUGGGUCUGGCGUUCGGGAGGCGGUCGCAGAGCGGCGGCUCGUCAUCCGGCUCGAAAACAACCCCAGAAUCAACAAAAACGGCAACGAUAACCUGCCCGGCCUCAGACAACUCAACCUUCUCGGCGCAGAACGCUCCCGCCCGCCGCUUCCGGCUCCUCUGCGGCCACGACUUCAACUCGCAGGACGGCGCCAUCGACCUCACCUCGGCCAACGCCACCACCAUGGCCGCCUGCAUCGACCUGUGCGCCGCCGAGGCCGCCUGCGUCGGCGCCGGCUGGGGCGACUACUACGGCAGCCACCUCUGCUGGAUGAAGAGCCGGCUCGGGGAGAUGAACGUCUCGGGGAACUGGCUCUUCGCCGUCGACGUCGACAAGACGGCCGCGGAGUCGGCGUAG